GCUGACCUUGAAUUGACCUCACUUUAUCGACCAGCCUCUCCGUCAGCAGGGGCGCCAUGGCUUCAGCGCCCUCUGAGAGCGACACCCUUCUCGGUGGGCGUCGCACCCCCCCGCCCCGGUACUCCAGCAUCAACCCUUUUGACGCACAGGAGGAAAAAGAUGCGCAUCUGGCAGCCAAACAGUCGGGUGCGGCUGCAAAUGUUGAAAGUCGAGGUCCUCCCAACAGUGGUCCUCCUACAGGUCACCAGGCAGGUCAGCACGGAGGUCACGUGCAACAGCCUCCCAUGCAGCCAGGUUGGUGGUCGUGGAUACCGGUCCUGCCCAGUACUUCCCUCCCGGCCUGGAACACCUGACUCACGUCGGAGAGCUCACUAUCUCGAAACAUGGGCGGAAGCUGCGCGUGAGCCGGGAGGAGGGGCAGCAGAUCUACGUAGUGCGGACCUUCCACCCGCGGUGCUGCAGCGGCGGCGGGGAUGCGGACCCGUCACCAUCAAGGUCCUGAACAACGCGCAUCUGGACGUCCUCAACCUCACGAGGACCGACGAGGAGUCCUCCUGCUGCGCCUACACGCCCACGCAUCUGGAGGUGUGCUUCCCGCCCGGCAACAUGGUGGGCGUGGUCCAGGGAUCCCCGAUGGAGUACACCGUCCACAACCCUUCAGGAGACCUUCUGUUCCUCCUCCAGAAGGAAGCCGACACAUUAUGCUCCAGGGGCGGCUAUGAGGUGACCUCGGCUGACAGGUUCACACCAAUCACUUCUUUCACUUCUACCCAGGUGACCUCGGCUGACAGGUUCACACCAAUCACUUCUUUCACUUCUACCCAGGUGACCUCGGCUGACAGGUUCACACCAAUCACUUCUUUCACUUCUACCCAGGUGACCUCGGCUGACAGGUUCACACCAAUCACUUCUUUCACUUCUACCCAGGUGACCUCGGCUGACAGGUUCACACCAAUCACUUCUUUCACUUCUACCCAGGUGACCUCGGCUGACAGGUUCACACCAAUCACUUCUUUCACUUCUACCCAGGUGACCUCGGCUGACAGGUUCACACCAAUCACUUCUUUCACUUCUACCAGUGACCUCGGCUGA